GUUGGCGGUUCCCAUCUUGUGACGUCACGAUCCGCCUAAUGCACCCCCUUCACAGAGCUCUCUAAUACGCUAUCAGCAAUCAGCAACCUCGCCUUGACAUGACUGAGGAAAAUGGCACCCGGGACCUUUUCUCAGCCCUGCCGGCCGAGCUGUCCGAGAUGAUCUUGACCUACUUGCCGGCCGAGGACCUCGCAAGUGCCGGUGCCGUGUCCAAAUCCUGGUUUAGGAUUGCCAACUCGGAAUUCCUGUGGAAGAACGUCUGCUCGAGGGAUCGGAUCCUCGAAGAAAAACUCAUAGAUGAUUUCUUUGAUAAGGUUGAAGAACAACGGUGCCGUUGGGCGAGGUUGUACCAGUACACGCAACGCAGGAGUAAAAGGUGGAAGAGUGAUAAGUACAGGAGUAUCAACACUCCCAAGAUCCUUACUGCCUUCGUCCACGGCGUCACGCUUCUGGUGGGGACGAAUGACGGUGUCGGUGUCCACUGCAUCGAAGGCAGUCACCUCGUCGUCGUGCAGCACCUGAAGACCGGCAUACCGACCACUUCGAUUACCGCGGUCGGCGACACGCUAGUCUGUGGCGACGGAACGUUCUCAUUUGUCUACACUCUGAAGGGUAGAACGUACCAGCUCGAAUCCACCCUCUCGCCACCGGAUGACCUCGUCCUCACCGGACCUCCUGUCAUAACCGAAAAGAAGAGCGAGGGGGUCAGCCUGAACGUUUUCGUCAUCACGGACGACUUCAUCUGGAUCGGAGUCAGUGAGUGUAAUGUUAUGACGUGCUGCAAGGUGUUCGACCGGGCUGGCAAAUCGUUUAGCAACGUGACGCUCCAUGAUUUGGUUACAGUGAGGCACAACAGGAGUUACGUCUCUGUCCUUCGCCCCUGCGGCGUCCAGGUCUACAGCGAUUCAGGACUUUUAGCUUUCAAACUAGACAGCUGCGCAUUCUACACUGGCCUAGUCAUGUCCGAAAUGGGGAUCGCGUUCCUUCAGUGCCAAGACUUCGGCGACCCGGAACCUGUAUUCUUCGACCUCCACCGGAAGACGUGCUCCGUCGAGAACAGGUUCAAAGUGUACAAGCUGGCCCUGUUCGAGGACAACCUUCUCUACCUGACUGGCCAGGUCAAAUUCACGAUGGUGUCUUUGAAGGCGGACAAGACAAGGUGGGUGACUCCGCUCGCCGGAUCAAAGUACCUCAGGCCAGGCAAAGACCGUUUCCACGUCCUGUGUCGCAAGUUCGUCUUCAUCUGCCCCUCACGCGGCCGGCUCGAUAUGUUCUCACUCUUUGACCUCGAGACCGGCGUCAAUUUCUACGACACCUCCAUAUACACUGCGACCUACAACAUCCUACAAGUGGCCGACACGGGCUUCUUGUACAAAUCCGAUAAGUCUGCCGUAAAACUACGCUCCUACAUAUGAAAAAGAAUAAGGCUGAAACGACUUUUUAAAACAAGGCUGUGUUAAUUAUGUAAAUUGACUUCACUAUAAAACAUUUUAUACAUUCUAAAUACAACUAUCAUUCUUUUGUAUAAAUAAAAGUACAAACGUUUUUUUUAUUUACUUAAAUUGAUUCAUGAUGGCGGGAGGGGCUUUAUGACACUUUUCCGCUAGAGUACCUCCCAAUCCGUUUCCAGGAAUGUAAAUUAAGGUUCCUUUACUUGAAUGGUCAAAAUGAUAAUGUGGAUUGGAGGCGAAAUUUAAGUCUAACAAAAAUGGUUCGUAAUCAAUCAGUAUUAUAAUUUUCUGUUUACUUCAAUUAAUAGGUUAGGGAAAACUCUAGGAAACGAAAGUAUAUGUGCACACUUCAAAGGUUAGAUAAUCACAGCGCCUGUCUCCAAGCGACAAACCAGGCCUAAGCCAACUUGCCUGCAGGGCCAACAGUAUUUAAUAUCACUUAUCU